UUCUCACCUUUCAUGGAAUCUGCAUAAAUAUAACCUAUAAAUUUGACAAAUGUAAACAAAGUGAAGGUGAAAAACCGGUUUUGAUUUAUGCAAUUAGAAUACAUUAUUGAAACUUGAAUCAUUAUUGUUGAUAAAAUUUAUUAUUAAAAACUAAUCACAAUACUAAAAAAAAAUGGCUUCACGAUUAAGCAAUAAACGUAAAAUUAAAUCUCUCUUAACUGUUACCACUUCUGGUAUAGCGUUAUGUGGUGGUUUAUUGCUUUAUCAAGGCAACGAAAAGUUCUUUGAUCAAUUUGCAAUGCCUGUUACACGAUUUUUGGAUCCGGAAGUAGCUCAUAAUUUUGGUAUUAAAGCGGCAAAAUGGGGUUUAUUACCCACUCAAAAAUUAAAGGAUCCUGUAUCUUUAAAGACAACACUCUGGGGCUUAGAAUUUAAUAAUCCUUUAGGAAUGGCUGCUGGUUUUGAUAAACAGGGCGAGGCAAUUGAAGGAUUGCAAAAAAUGGGUUUUAGCUUUGUAGAAAUAGGUUCUGUCACUCCACAGCCACAAUUGGGAAAUCCAAAACCACGUGUUUUUAGAUUACUAGAAGACACAGCAGUGAUAAAUAGAUAUGGUUUCAACAGUGAUGGUCACGAAGUAGUUUACAAUCGUUUAAAGGAAGUAAAAAGCAAUCCAAAUUUCACUGGAAUUGUUGGCGUUAAUUUAGGUAAAAAUAAAUUAUCCGAAGAUGCCGCUCUCGAUUAUAUGGAAGGUCUUCGUAAAUUUUCCGAUCUUGCCGACUAUUUUGUCGUCAAUAUUUCCAGUCCAAAUACACCAGGUUUACGAAAUCUUCAAAGUAAAAAUAAUUUGCAAAAUUUAUUAUUAAAAAUAAACGAAACACGAGAGACAUUGAAGAGGCAAGUUCCACUAUUAUUGAAAUUAGCUCCCGAUUUAACUGAGGAAGAAAAACAAAAUAUCGCAGUAGUUGUGCUACAAAAGAAAACACAAGUUGACGGACUUAUCAUAUCAAACACGACAAUUGAUCGUUCUCAAUUAAAAAGUGUGAAUAAAAAUGAAAUUGGUGGCCUUAGCGGUAAACCAUUGACUCAAACGUCAACUGAAAUGAUCGCUGAUAUGUUUCAACGUACAAAAGGUAAAAUUCCGAUUAUUGGAGUUGGAGGAAUUUUCUCCGGAAGUGAUGCCUAUGAGAAAAUUAAAGCAGGCGCUUCUUUAGUACAAAUUUAUACCUCAUUUAUUUAUCAUGGACCUCCAAUUGUUGGGAAAAUUAAAAACGAAUUGAAUGAACUACUUCUUAAAGAUGGUUAUUCUUCUCUCUCUGAAGCUGUUGGGAAAAAUUCAAAUACCAAAUAGAAUUUAAUAUUUCAAGGACAAACAUAUUUUUCUAAUUCAUGGAAUUUUUUUUUUAUUAAUUUUAAGGUAUUCUGUAAAUAAUUGUUAAAAUUUUUUAAUAUUGUUAAAGAAUUGUGUCUUGAUUUUUAUAAAUCGAUUAAAGAGUUAAAUAAUUUAUAA